GGGCUUUUAUUUUAGGAAACAGAUAGCUGUAUCAUUUGCACGUACCCUUAUAGGCAGAGGCAGGCUCUCCACUUGUGUUCUUCAAAAGAAGGGAAGGCACGAUGAAGAGCUCUUUGUUGCUGUGUGUGGCCUUGGCUAUCUCCCUGGGGCUCGUCCUGGUGGCAGGUUUUCCAUAUGAUCCUGAGGACGAGGAGUACGUGGUGGUCAAUAACAAGUGUCAGUGUGUAACAGUGACCUCAAAGUUCGUCCCCUCCGAAGAAAAUCCUGGUAAAGAAAUCCUACAGAGAAACAUACGCAUCCUAGUCCCCCUGAAGGCUCGAGAGAACAUCUCUGACCCCUUGUCCCCACUCAGAACCACUUUUGUCUACCGCAUGACUGACCUCUGCAAAAAAUGUGAUCCUGUGGAAAUUGAGCUGGGUGGUGAGAUAUACAAGGCCCAGCAAAGCACCUCCUGUGAUGAAUCUGAAACCUGCUACACCUACAAUCGGGACAAGUGCUACACUUCAAGCUUCCCAUUCCUCUACCACGGAGAGACGAAAAACUUGCAAGCAGUUCUGACACCGGCAUCCUGCUAUGCUGAUUAGCUCAAUCCACUGCUGUACUAAUGCCUCCUUGCAUUCAGUGUUCCUACCAAAAAUACUUGUAUAGCAGCAUUAGCACCUGGACAACAGUGUCCAAAAUACCAGAUCCCAGAGUAAUGCUUCUUCAUACUGUUUUCAACAGCAGACUAGUGCCAUCUCCCAAGAGCACGUUCUGGUUGUCAGACUCUUCAUCCCUGGCACAUAUCUGCAAUGCCAUUAUUGUAUGCCCCAGAUGUUACCACCAUAUAGACCAGAUCCUAAGCAGAUGUAAAUCAGUAAUUCCCUUUAAGGCAAGGGAACUACACAGAUUUACAACACUGGAGAGCCUGUCUUUCUGGUAGUCUUGCAACAGUCUUCACCUGAGCAAGGCUGCCACGGACAUCAGCUGGAAUGUCUGUGUACUUCCCUCCCUGAGCCAUCUGGAGCAAGCCUCUGCACAACCUUUAAAAAAGACCCUUUGACCGCAUUAGCAAAAUUUGUGCCAUUAUUAGAAGGCUCUGGUACAAUCAGAUUUGAGAAAAAAGGUGAGAGAUAAGACCAAGAAAUCCAUUUUCAAAGUUCAUAUUCAUUCGGGCAUUCUAAAGCACUUUGACCAUUGCAAGCUUCUAGCUUGCAUGUACAUUUAGAGAAGACCAACAGAUACCUCUACCCUGAACUCUUCUGCAAAGUUGCCAGGAGCUCAGCUGUGCGAGGAAUAGUAAACCCUGCUAGAACAUUAGGUAUUUCACUUUCCAUGCUUAUUUACUGACACUGGUGCCUUCUUCCACUCCUGCUCCCAGUUCAAUUGAUAAAAAACCCCCACGAGGUAGCUCAAAUAUCUUCUCUUGUUCCUCACUUCGCAUUUAAAACUUCAAGAAAUUCCAUGAAGGUGACUCAAUUGCUCAAGCAGCACCCUAGUUAGGGAUUUAUUCCUUCUUUCACAUCAGUAGAUUUGCUCUUCAUACAAGAAACCCUGCCCAAAUCAAGGAGCUGAUUCUUUAUUGCGUCUGUCAUGUAAACGUUUUGCUCUCUAUUGCCCACAGAGACAUCAUGUAUGAGUGCCUAAGGAGUCCAGCAUUGCCCUUGAGAUGGCUGGUAUGUUUCUCACUGUUGUCAGAAAUUGAUUGUUAAGCCUUAGGCUGAUCUGUGGCUUCACACCGAAUUGAAAUAAAACAGCAAAAACCUUACUCUCCUAAUUGUAGCUUUGUUAGUGAAACAUUAAAUAAAAUAUUUUCUGCAGCA